GAAAUUUAAAGUAGUAAUUAAUUAGUUCUACGUUUUGGAAAAAUUAUUAAAUUAGAAAGAAGCAUGUUCUAUUUAGGUUAAAGAAGGAUAUUUCUAUUGAUUGAGACUGAAAAAACAAUAUCAUUCAAUUAUAUGAAUCCUCCUGAUUGUCCAAUCAGGCUAGAUAAAUCUAAAUGCUCUCAAAGUGAUGAUAUGUAUGAAAGUUCAAAAUCUUUAAGUGGCCAUAUAGCUUACGAUGACAUAGGGUGCAUUUGCCCAGUUUGCUGGGAUGUGAUAAGGAAAGGUUUUUCAGAAAAUAAAUACAUAAAAUCUUUGUAUUUAGAAGAUGUUAAUAAAAAUUUCAAUGUAGAGUAUUUGAUGAUCAACAAUAUACUCAAUCCUUAACAAAAUUCUAGCUUUCUCGAGAAUCUUAUCAUAAGCUUUGAUGUAAUAGAAGCAGACUCUCUAAAAUCCUUAAAAGAAUAUUUAUAAAAUGCACCAAAUUUAAAGCACUUAGAAAUCAUAACAGGGAAAAUAAAUAAAUCAUAGUUUAUAGAGCAAGGGUUAGCUGCUAACAAAUCAAUAAAAUUCUUUAAGUUUGAAUUAAGUUAAAACUGCACUAAUUCAGAUGUUAAGACAUUAUAAUCAAUAAUAAAUGGUAUAGGGUAACAUUAAGUUGUUGAAAAAGUGUAGCUAUUAUUCGAAAACACAAUAAUAGGAUAAAUAGAUUUUUAAAAUUUAUUUACUAAGAAUAAAAGCAUUAAAUAGCUAAGGAUUAGUUUUUAAAGAUCUAGAAUUGAUAACAAUUAUGCUAUUUAGACAAUUGGAAAGAAUUUGUUUAAAAACUAAAUAUUACAAAAAUUUGUUUUAAAUUUAAGAGCUGCUGAAUACAAAAAAGAGUGUUUGUCUUACUUCUAGCAAGGAAUUUAAAAAAACACUUCCAUUAGUACUUUCAAAGUUUUUAUUGACGGUCAAGGAUCCAAAUAUCUUGAUUAAAUGAUGUUAGGAAUAGCAAAAAAUAAAAGUAUAAAAAAUCUUAAAUUGAAUAUAAGUAACUUAUAGUUGGACUCUUCUAACAUUAAUAGCAUAAAUAGUAUACUCCAAUCAAAUUAGCACAUUGAAAGCUUCAAUCUUCUUCAAUCAAUGUACGUAUUUAAUAAUUCUGAGAGCCUUUUAUCUAAUAUUUCAAUUAAAUCCAAUUUAAAGGAAAUCAAAAUUUAAGGAUACUGGCUUCCAUAACUAACAUCUUUAUCAAAAUUUAUUGAGCAUUCUGAAUAGAUAAAGAAGGUUAGUUUACAGUUUAAAAUGAAUAUAUCAGGUGAUUUGUAAUAAUUGGCAAAAUCUCUUUAAAUUAAUAAGUCGAUUGAGUAUUUUGCUAUUACUAAUAAUGAAAAUCUAUCAAAAGAGGGCUUCUUCGAACAUUGGAAAGGUUCUUAAAAUUUAAAACAUCUAGAAUUUAUCAAUUAAUAGUUUUUUACAGAAUUUGGUAUAAAUAAAUCUGAUAGUUGUUCAUCUUUUGAGUUUAUAUUGAAUUCUAAAAAUAUUAAAAAUUUAGAUAUUUUCCCCUCAGAUAUUAACAAGGCAAUUCUAAAAUUAAAAGAAGAUGGGAGAUAGUUUGAUGUAAUUAAUACAAGAAGUUAUUUGAGCUUUGGUCAAAUCAAAUAGAUAUUAGAAAUUUAAACAUAACUAGUUUCAUUGUAAUACUUAAGUCGUCUUUAUAGUAGCUCAUAAAACUAACCUAAACCAUACAAAUUGUAAUACGAAAUAUUAAAGUUAAUUUAUGAAAAUAAUUAUUUGAUUAAAUUUGGUGACUCUUCGUUGAUUGAUAAAGAAAAUCCUUUGCAAUUGCAUAAAGAAUUGUGUUUAUAUAGAGAAAGGUAGCUUUUAACUAUUUUGGCAUUAAUCAAUGAAGUUAUUCCUUAUAUUCAGUACUCACCUCUAUUUACUCUAAUGGACUUACAUUGUGAAUGAUUUGUUCAUAUAAAUUAUUUAAAU